GCGCUGCGACGGCCGCUGCCAAUCAUCGGGAGCCGUCCAAUCCCUCCGGUGCCAUGUCCGAACCGUAUUUCCCACUGUGCAGCUCAAAUGUGGGGAGCCGCUCUGCCAAUCGCUGGAGGACGGAGCGGGGCCGGGGAUACGCGGAGUUAGGAGCGCAGACAAAAGAAGUUAAAGAGCCGCUUAAUAUAUACAUGUUUUUGAAGGCGGGCAGAGGGAAAAAAAUAACAACAGCCAACGUAGAUGGGCCCGGCCGUGUCCUUAUGGAGCCCCCUUUGAGCAAGAGGAACCCGACCCCGAGAUUAGCGGAUUUGGCAGCGGCUCAGCCCCAUCCGCACCCGCACAUGACGCGCUUCCCGGGGCCGGGGGCCCCGCACGGCCACCCCCCCCGCGCUGCCCACCCGCACCCCGGGGACGCGGAGCCCGGCGGCGCGCUGACGCCGCUCGGCCCCGAGCACAUGGCGCAGCCCGCCGCGCUCCAGCUCGCCCCCGAGGCGCUCACCGCCGCCGCAGCCGCCUUCGCCGCGCCCGCAGCCGCCGCCGCC